AUGUUUCAUCCAUAUUUUAAGAAUUGCAUUGAGGCAAUUGAUGGAACACACGUUUGUGUGAGAGUAUCUAACGAAGAUGCACCAAGAUAUCGUGGUAGGAAGAAUUAUCUAACAAUAAUUGUGUUAGCUGCUUGUUCAUUUGACAUGAAGUUCACCUAUGUCUUACCUGGAUGGGAGGGUAUCGCUUCAGACUCAAGAGUUAUGGCUAGUGCACUAGAAAGAAAUGGAGAUAAACUAAAACUUCCUCAAGGGAAAUAUUAUCUUGUUGACGCGAGAUACCCAUUGAAGGCCGGACGUAUCAUGCCUUAUAGAGGUGUGCGCUACCAUUUAAAAGAAUGGUCCUCACGCCGACCGGAGAAUCCUCGAGAGCUAUUCAACCUUCGACAUGCAUCACUAUGCAAUGUUAUUGAGAGAAUUUUUGGUGUGUUGAAGAAACGAUUUCCUAUCAUAGGAAGCAGUAUUGAACCAAUAUAUGAUGUUAAUACUCAACUUGAUAUUAUUUUAGCAUGUUGCAUCAUACACAACUAUUUAAUGGGCAUGGAUCCUGAUGAAAGCCUUAUUAAUGAAGUAGACCGAGAGUUGUUCAAUGAAACUCGAAAUGAAGAGGCUGAUCCAAUUAAGAAAAGCGAAGCUUAG